AUGGACACGCCUCAGAGGGGGCAGCAGCAUGCCGGGACGGCUCUCUCUCGAGUCGAGGUUAGUUGGUGCUGUUCCAGAUUUCGCUGAUCUUUUCUCUGUUUUCUCUCUCUGGAUGGUUCCGAUACCGAUGAAGACUAGUGUCCGCUCUUUCCAUCUUCUCUAUCGUCCACCUUAGUCGGUCAUUUUCAAGAUCUGGAGAAAUCGGAGCUUGGAAUGGCGGGAUUCCUCGAUCUGCUCGCUGGAUCUACGCUUAAACUCUCUCGGUAGUUUGCUGUCGCGGGGAAUCCCAUGCAACUGGUUUCUCCACUCGCCUGUUCAAUUUUCUCCCUCCAUCGUCCUGGCUAAAUUGUUUGGGUAAUUCGUCACAGGCAUCUGAAAUAUAGAUGACUGGUCUUAAUACAUAAGUCCAAUUUAGAAGCUCUUUAGCAAGUGCCGUCGUUUCAGUCGAUCCGGUCUUCAGAAUGGUUUUCCUGCGAGGGGAUUUCUGGUUGACAGUCUUGAUCGUCGUUUUAGACAAUGCAAUUCGCAAAUGAUACAAAUGCAUUAAUGUAACAUUAUCCGAUUUUUCUUCAUCUUUUUUCUGUGUUCUGUUGCAGGAUUCACCGGUCUUCAGUUACAUCAGCAGUCUUUCUCCUAUUAAACCCGUCAAAUCCGUGCACAUAACGCAUGCUUUGCCUUUGAAUUUCUCUUCACCUCCCUCAGUUUUUGCUUCCCCACAUGUGAACACCCAAAAGGAACGUAAAAUUCCAAUCAGGUAACAGCUUCACUAGCCAAUAUUUCCUGUACGUUCUUGGACUUUCGUCAACGAAUAUUCAUGAUUCCCCUGCUUGUUUCGUUUUCAGAUACCCUGUUCUAGACUCGUCGGCACCUGAUUUUUCUUCUGAGGAUGGGGACGACAAAAGUCUCUCUUAUGUUAUGCCGAAUCUCCUCAAGCUCUCGGAGUGUGCCAUUGAUGAGAAAGCUAACUGCAGGACAAAAUGCCUGUUAAAUGAGGCUAAUGUUGACCCUCCAGAGGAAUGCCAGAAGUUAACAUCCCAUCUAUCCAGAUCGUUGGAGUAUGAUUGUGGUAGUCCUAAUCAUAAUACUGCGCCUUGUUAUGGUUCUCAAAACAAAGUUGACCUUAAAAGGGUCAGAGUUAGCCUGGUUGACUUUGCUUGUGAUGUUCAGGAAGCGGUAGAAUCCUCUGCAAAUGACAUUGAAGGUGAGGAUAUACGUUGUCAGGUACACAGCAAGGAAGAAGUGUCAAGCUGUGACUGGGAAAAUCUUAUUACAGAUGGCAGUGUAAAUCUCUUCGUUUUUGACCCUUCAACUGAAUCAGAAGCCUGCGAGGAGCGCUGUCAGAAGGUUAGGGGGCAAGAUGCCAAUUACUCAACUUCCUAUUCUUUGAGAAUUUCUGAAGACAGCAUUGGUGAUCCACAGAGAAGUCACCCAGCUGGGGCUCUGGCUACCUGCCUUAAAAGCACCGCACUAGAUGUGUCAGGGGAUUAUGGCCAACAAGUUUUUAGCCAAAAUAACUCUGAACACACGCCACAAGUUCCUCCUACAUGUCAGCAGAAUAAUCAGGAAAUUAGUGAUCAAUUUGAGAAAAUGGAUGAUGAAGUUGGUGACCAUGACCUCUUCGACUAUGAGGUAGAAUUGAACUUUCAUAUGAUGUUCGUAAUCUAACCUAUGAUACAAACGGUUGUUUUCCGAUUAAUAUCUUCUCUUAAAUGUAUAAUUAUUAGUGAAACUGUUUCUCUCUGUAUUUUCUCACUAGGGUUUUGUUAUCUUUGGUCAAAUUAUGCAGACUGACUACCAGCACCAACGUGGAUUUCGAAGACGCUGUUUAGUGUUUGAGGUGGCCGGAUCACAUGUGGUUGGUGAUUCAAAAGACAGUUCUUCAGCUUCAUUUUCGAUUAGUUUCAAACAUAUUUCUGGGGAUAAGCAGCAAACUUCUUCAAAACCUAGCUCUGGUCCUCGUCAACAUGCACUUCCCAGUAUUGGCUUGCAUUUGAAUUCUCUUGCGACAUCAUCUAAAGUGAGGAUUGCAACUGAAGAUAAUCUUCCCUCUGGGAGAAAGCUAUUGAGCCUUCCAUGCUCUACUGGCGCAAUUUCUUCUUUAGUAACUUUACAGAAAACUUCAAGGGGUUCCUCAGUGGCUGAGGAGGACCUAUGUCCUGGAAAUGACCCUCAGGAACUUACAGAGAUGCGGAACUAUUUACAAUCACCAGCCAUCUCUGGUGAAGAAUUGGAUCUCAAUAGUCCCAAAAAGAAAAAGUAUCUCUUUGCCAUCAAUAUCUGGAUUUUCUCUUUUUUUUAUCAUUAUUUUCAAGUCUUAUAAAUUGGUUGGUUGUCACAUGCAGGUGCAAGCUUGAAAAUGGUGGUGAGCAUGGAUCUUGUAGACGCUGCAACUGUAAAAAGUCAAAGUGCUUGAAGCUGUAAGUAUAUCUCACUUGUCAUAUUUUCUCUUCUCUGGAUGCCACGUCAACUUAUCACCAUCAUCGUUGAUGUGGCAAUACUUGGUAAUUCAGAUACUAUGCUGCUUGUCCUAGAUGAGGCGGUUAAGAGGGGGCCUGGGGGACGUUCAAUUGCAGGUGUCCUCGCUAUGAUGAAAUUUGGAUAUAGAUUUCUUUUAACAUCUGAACUAAAAGUAUGAUUGAAUUGAAAAUUACCUUGGACCUAAAACUGCGAUGGAAAUUUUCUAACUAAUUCAUUUGUGAAAAACUGGGGCCCCAAUGGACUGAGCAGCCUAAGACGAAGGUCAGCAAAAGUUACCAGCGCUGGGCUGGUCUGGGCCUACUUUUCUUCUGGGCCUCCUCAUGGCCAAAUUCUAGAAGAGCAGACCAGACUAGGCUGGACUAAUGGGCUGGGUUAGGCUGUCGAAAUAUUUUCUUCCCUCUGAUACUCCGAACUAGCUUGGGGUUCUAUUAGUUCUGUGGCUCCUAAUCUAUUUUAUGGUUUCCCGGUUCCAAAAUAGCUUUCUGAAUGAAAGUGUUUUUUUCCUUAUGCACAUUCUCACUCAGAGAGAUUGUUCCAUGUUUUUGGACGUCUUUGUACUCUGGAUCUUCUAAUGAUGGGAUGCUACAAAGUCAUGAGUUCAUGAGAUUCUCAGCUUCUUUUGUGAUUUGGUUUUUCGAUGUAGCUAUUGUGAAUGCUUUGCUGCGGGAGUCUAUUGUGUUGGACCUUGUGCAUGUGAAGGAUGCUUGAACAAGCCCAUCCAUGAGGACAUUGUUUUGGCUACUCGCAAACAGAUAGAGUCCCGCAAUCCCCUUGCAUUUGCUCCAAAAGUGAUUAGAGCAUCUGCCCCAGCGACGGGCAUCGGGGUAGGAAUCUAAAUAGCCUGUUCUUAUCCUAGGUUUGAAGCCCAGUGAAUUAAAAACUGGCCUUUAAAUUCAGCAGGAAGAUAUUAACAAAACCCCUGCCUCAGCAAGGCACAAGAGAGGCUGCAACUGCAAAAAGUCAGGCUGCCUGAAGAAAUAUUGUGAAUGCUACCAGGUUUUUCUUCUUCGACCUGUUGAGAUAGACGCUCGUUUUCUCUUGCACCAUUGGAGCCUGAUGUCUUUGCUUUUUUUCUAAAAGGGAGGCGUUGGAUGCUCAGCUAGCUGCCGAUGUGAAGGGUGUAAGAACACUUUUGGCAGAAGGGAAGGUAAGCUUUUUCCUUCUUACUGUCACUCGAUUGACUUUUUUAGUUGAAUUUUCAUCAUCAUCAUCAUCAUCAUCAUCAUCAUCAUCGUAAACGUUUGAUGAUCGGGCGUUAUGCUGAGAAUUUGGUGAAUGUUGUCUUGGGUUUCCAGAUUAUUGAAUUUUGGUUCAUUAACUACUCUCUAGUUAAACUAGAAUCGAAUGCAACUGCCUAAACCAUGACUCCUGUUGAUUGAAGCGCAUAGCGGCUUUGUCAUUACAGGAGUUGACUAAAGAUGGGAUUGAGAUGCCUUUUUUCAACAGGUGUUCUACCAAUGGUGAGUGAGGAAAAUGAGCCUAAAGAGGAGCAGCACGUGGAUCCUUGUGGUGACGAUGGGGUGGAGUUUCCACACGAGGCCGACUGUCUCCAUGACAACGAUUCGCCCGUCACCCCAUCCUUCCAAAUCAGCAGGUUAAUCCCCAUCGCCAUACUUCUUCACAUCUUUUUUGCUUCAUUGCAAAGCUGCAGCUGCUGAUCAGCUUCGUCACCUCACCUUACAGACCACCUCUCAGACCUCCCUUUUCAUUUAGUGAGAAGCCUCCAAGAUCCUCUGUGGCAAGCAUUGGAUCGUCGCCUCUACUGAGUGCGUGCCACAAGCUUCAGAAAUCUGGUCUUGCCAAGUCAAAACUCGAGAAGCAUCUCCAGACAGCUCCUGAAGAUGAGACUCCCAAGAUCUUGAGAGAGAUGCCUUCUCCCCUCAAUGCCGUGAAGACGGCCUCGCCGAGCAGGAAGAGAGUUUCCCCCCCGCAGCAUGAGAUUGGUUCAUCUCCCAGCCAAAAAGGCGGCCGAAGACUGAUACUGAGAUCCAUCCCAUCCUUCCCAGCUCUGACUGGCGUUUCAUCCAACGAUCCUCCAGAAACUGCUCUCUGA